AUGUCGUCCGAAGAAAUUGAUACACAAGAAAGUACUAGCUCACUAAGUGAAGUGAGUUCUUUAGAUGAUGAUUUAGAUAACAUGCAUCUGGAAUCAGGAAGUUCCGUCGAAGCAAUGUCUGACGACGAGAUGGAUUCUAACAGCUGGAAUGAGAUAGAAUCAGAAUCGGAUGAAGAAUUUAUGGAAGACCAUGGACUCGUCGAAGAAGUAACUUCCGCUUCAGAAGAUAAUACAGUGCAUCCUAUCGAUUGUUAUCGACAUUUCAUCACAGACGAAAUUAUUGAUCUUAUGGUUCGUGAAACUAAUCGAUAUGCUGAGCAAUUUUUUCGAGCCCAUAACAUUACCAGUCGAUCCAAAUUUCGUCAAUGGAAACCAGCUACUGAUCAAGAGAUUCUCAAGUUUCUUGGAAUCGUUAUCCAAAUGGGGUUGGUACAAAUGCCGAAACUGAGCCAUUACUGGAGUAGCAGCCAGCUGUACGGAUCAGAGAUUAUUCGAAACUCUAUGCCGAGAGAGAGGUUCGAAUUGCUUCUCAAGUUUUGGCAUUUUUCGAACAACGUCAACAACAAUUCGAAUCAGGACAGGCUGUUCAAGUUGAGACCACUCUUGGAUUUACUGAAAGCCAGAUUUUCGUCAGUGUAUAUACCUGGUUCGGUUGUCACUAUCGAUGAAAGUAUGGUACCAUGGCAAGGCAGGCUUUCGUUCAAGCAAUAUAUUCCUGGAAAAGCGCACAAGUACGACGUCAAAAUUUACAAACUGGCGGCUACCAAUGGAUACACCUGGAAUUAUAUAAUCUAUACCGGUCAAUAA